AUGGCUCGACAUCUUUCUGUGAUCGUCAUUUUGGCGAUUGUAGGUUUCCUCAGUCUGUCGUUUAUGAUGUCGUUCGGGGGCCGGAUGGACACAAUCCCCCAGACGUUCACUGCACCAGACGUCUCAAAGACCAGCAAGGAGAGCGUGGCCAAGGUGGACCCCAUGGCGCCCGUGGUGCCGGUCAUGGAGGGGACCACGGGUACCACGGGAUCCAAGCUGGCUGGGCUCGAGAUCACGGGCGAUCUCUUGACAGGCGAUGUGAUUGCACCGAAGCUCGAGAAUGCGACUGCCAAGGCUGAGCUCGGCCGUGCUUCGUGGAAGCUCUUUCACACGAUGAUGGCGCGGUUCCCCGAAAAACCGACCGAGGACGACUCGCUCGCGCUGAAGACGUACAUCCAGCUCUUUGCGCGCCUGUACCCCUGCGGCGACUGCGCCCGGCACUUCCAGCAGAUGCUGAAGCAGUACCCGCCCCAGGUCGGCUCGCGCAACUCGGCAGCGGGCUGGGCCUGCUUCGUGCACAACCAGGUCAACGAACGGCUGAAGAAGCCGAUCUUCGACUGCGCCAAGAUCGGCGAUUUCUACGACUGCGGCUGCGGUGACGAUGACAAGAAGAAGGCGGAGGACGCUGCGGGAGAGCUGAAGAAAGAAGGGCUAUCGUCAUAG